AUAGUUUGGCAUCUCCAGAGAAAGACAGAGGACAUCAUCAGGUACCCCACUCUCUGGAGGAGUAAUUUCUUUCCUCAAGACACUCACACUGCUACAGUCCAUGAAGAGUGUCUUCUGCCUGACAGCCUCAGAUAGACUCAAGGGACUAGGAGCUAAUCAAUUAACAGCCUCCCAAGACAGAGAUUCCUACGCAUCCCCUGGAAUAAUUGGAUUGAUUCUGUGAUCUGGGAGAGCUUUGUCUUGUUUGAAUCAACAUGGAAAGGAAUCUUAAGAACGUUUUGGUCAUUUCUUUUGGAUUUUUACUUCUCUUCACUGCUUAUGGAGGGCUCCAGAGUCUGCAGAGCAGUCUCAACUCAGAGGAAGGCCUGGGUGUUGCUUCCCUAAGUGUUCUCUAUGCUGCUCUUAUCAUCUCGUCCAUGUUUCUCCCUCCAAUCCUCAUCAAGAAGCUGGGUUGCAAGUGGACCAUCGCAGGCUCUAUGUGCUGCUACAUUGCCUUCUCCUUGGGGAACUUCUAUGCUAGCUGGUACACACUAAUCCCUACCUCUGUGAUCCUGGGCUUAGGAGGAGCACCACUCUGGUCUGCCAAAUGCACUUACCUCACCAUUGCUGGCAAUUCAUAUGCUGAGAAAGCAGGAAAAAAUGGGAAAGACAUUAUCAACCAAUACUUUGGGGUCUUCUUUCUGAUAUUUCAGUCCUCUGGAAUCUGGGGAAAUCUUAUCUCAUCCCUGAUAUUUAGCCAGUCUUCCAACAAAGUGGAAAUCUCAGAAGAAAGCCUAGCGUGCUGCGGAGCACAUGAUUGCAUGAGCGAGACCACUAACACCACUGCGUCAGCAGGACCCUCCGAGUCCUUAAAAUACACUCUGCUAGGGAUCUACACCGCUAGUGGUGUGCUAGCUGUGUUGCUGAUUGUUAUAUUUCUGGACCAGAUCAAAUCUGACCGAGCAGAGACUGAGAAAGAAAUACAAAAGACACCAUCCCUUUGGUCUACGUUCCUAGCAACUUUCCAGCACCUUAAAGAUAAAAGACAAUGCCUUCUAAUCCCUCUGACAAUGUACAGUGGGUUUGAACAGGGAUUUCUUGCUGGUGACUACACAAAGACAUAUGUGACCUGUGCCCUGGGGAUACACUAUGUUGGUUACGUGAUGAUCUGCUUUUCAGCUGUGAAUUCCCUCUGCUCUCUGCUCUUUGGAAAGAUCUCUCAGUUCACGGGUAGAAAACUCCUUUUUGCAUUAGCCACAGUUACAAACAUUGCCUGCAUAAUAGCACUACUGCUGUGGAAACCUCAUCCUAACCAGCUUGUUGUGUUCUUCAUAUUCCCUGCUCUUUGGGGCAUAUCUGAUGCCAUUUGGCAGACACAAACUAAUGGACUCUAUGGCGUUUUAUUUGAGAAACACAAGGAAGCUGCCUUUGCAAAUUACCGUCUCUGGGAAUCAUGUGGAUUUGUUAUUGCCUUUGGUUACAGCACCACAUUGCAAGUCUACAUCAAACUAUACAUUUUACUGGCUGUGCUUGUGUUGUCUAUGGUCACAUAUGGAGUGGUUGAAUACAUGGAAGUUAAGAGCUCCCCUGGGACACCUGCUGCUACAAAAAAGGAAAAUGUAGGAACUCACACCCAGGAAACAACUAUGUAACCCAAUGGCAUCAGAGUAAUCGAGGUCAUCUCCUACAGGCAUGUCUCCAUGGGUGUUCCAACAGGUACUGUUGGAAAGAGGAUAAAGGAGCAGAUGUCAAAGCCAGUAUACUACAAAUGUCUUCGAUUUUUUUUUUUUUUUUUUGACAUUUCAGCCUUAUAAAGGAGGAUUAUCUGACUUCAUCCUUUCAUACAGGUGACCAACUAAAUGUCUUUUUUUUUUUUUUUUUUUUUUAAUUAAUAAAGUCUUAAUA